AUGGCCCCUGACUACAACCUAACCUAUCAUUCUUAUUUCGUAGAAGAAGACGAAUGCCGUGAAGGCGUUAGCGCGCGAACAGUGCGAAGCGGCGGUACAGCUGCAGCGUCAGCAGCAGCUGCAACAGCACCAGAACCAGCACUAGCUACAACAGCAACAACAACUACGUGCCACGCAACGCACGGCCGAGCUGCACAGUACCAACACUAUCAUCACCAUCAUCAUCAUCGACACGUGUCAAUGUCUCCACCGCCCUUGUUGCUCUCAUCGCCAGCUCCGAUCGCGGCGACGCACAAUCAUCUGAACGUGAGCGGACACAGAAACGUGGUUACGCCACCGGAUACACCAGCAGAUAGAUCGCCACCGAGUCCUGGAAAUAAGCUAAAUAGAUCGCAGCAUUUGCCACGGGAAGCAGCGUCAGUCCUGGUCUUCCGGCUGCCACAUUGGAUCUAA